AUGGCAAUGUCAAAUUCAUCGAGUGGUGUUGUAAGUGAGGCAGCGCAUCUGCCCAGCCGCCCCAGCUAUAUCAAGCUAGUCUUAGACCAGACCUUGAUCACCGGUCAAGUCCGUGACUAUAGCUACCCAGGCAGCGGGACGACUGAAGACCCAUAUAUGGUGAACUGGCUUCCCGAUGACCCAAAAAAUGGCUUCAACUUGCCUCCAAGUGUAAAGUGGACCAUUGUCUUGAUCUGUGCCUUUAGCACACUAGCCUGCUCUUUGUCCUCGACAGUAUUUGCCGGCGCAAUCAUUCAGAUUGAGGAUUUCUUCCACGUGAAAGAUGAGAUAGCCAUCCUCAGUCUUUCCCUCUAUGUACUGGGCUUCGCCCUUGGUCCCGUUCUUUGGGGCCCACUCUCUGAAAUCUACGGUCGUCAAUCCAUCUACCUUGUCACCAUGGGCGCUUCGGUCUUGUUUGAGGGCGUGGCCACUGCUAGCAAGCCCGAUCAAGUGGCUGCAUUAAUUGUCCUUCGUUUUUUGGUGGGUUCCUUCAGCUCGGCCGCCAUUUCCAACUCGCCUGGUGUGGUCGCCGACAUCUUCGCACCGGCGGAGCGUGGACUCGCCGUCAUGGUAUACUCCAUGUUCCCUUUCCUUGGUCCGACCCUGGGCCCCGUCUGCGGCAACUUCCUUGCAGCUGGUGCCGGAUGGCGAUGGGUUAAUGUGCUAUGUACUGUCUUCUUCGCCUUGAUGUUUGUCCUCGGUCUGGUCUUUAUGUCUGAGACUUACGCGCCCUAUAUCCUACGACGCCGUGCCACGAUAAUGAGUAAGGAGACCGGCAAAAUUUAUGUCAGCAAACUCGACAUCGGCCUCCCGCCCAAGACUCUCAGCAUCACCUUGAGCACGGCUAUCACGAGGCCUCUCGUUAUGGCGGUAUGGGAACCAAUAUCGACUGUCAUGGCUAUGUAUGCUGCCAUCAUAUAUGGGAUUCUCUACCUUAUUUUCGCUGCCUUCCCUAUUAUUUUCAUUUCUGAACGCCACUGGAGCCAAGGUGUGUCGGGCUUAUCCUAUAUUGGCAUCAUGAUCGGUCAAAUUCUCGCUGUUCCAUUCUAUAUUGUCCUUGAGGUCAAGUACCGCAAGAAUAUCGCCCGCCCGGGUGUUGUGCCGACCCCUGAGAUGCGCCUCGAGCCGGCCUUCUAUGGUGCUGUGAUGCUCCCUGUCAGCCUGUUUUGGUUCGCGUGGACAUCAUUCACUAGUAUUCACUGGGCCGUGGGCCUGGUUGGAACUAUUUUCUUUGGAUUAGGCAAUGUCCUUGUCUUCAUCUCCAUGACAAACUACCUUAUUGAUACAUAUAGCCUGUUUGCUGCUACAGCAGCGGCUACUAAUGCCAUGGCUCGCGCCCUCUUUGGCUUUGCAUUCCCUCUUUUCACCACGUACAUGUACAAUAAUCUCGGAACACAGUGGGCUUCGUCUAUCCCUGCUUUCCUAUCUUUGGCAUUUACGCCUCUGCCCUUUAUCUUCCACCGAGUUGGCCCGAAACUGCGCGCUAAUUCCAAGUUUGCCAAUGAGGCCAAGAGACAACUAGCAAAGAUGCAGGAAGUACGCCAGAACGUGGAGAAACGAUUUGAAGAGAAGCAAUCCGGCUAUAACACAAUGUCCUCUCACACAGAGGCAGCUGUCGACCCUGAGAGGGUCGCCGGUACCAUCCCCACAAAGUCAAGAGUCACCGCCGUCGACCAUUCAGACUCCGGCUCCAACUAA